AAAAGACGAUCUGGGCACCGAGACACGCCUCCAGCGGACCCCAAAUAUCCAAACAAUCAUCUCGAAAGCGUGAGACGAACCUCAUGUGCAUUUGUUUACAUCAUAAAUUGGACUGAAUUUUGGGAUUUAUCAAUACCCCGUUACAACCAUUCUGUGUAAAAUGUAAUCGUCUAUGUUUUGUCGGACAGCCAUGCCGUUCUCUCGCGAUGAUAAACAGCAUAGAGCCGACCAAUUUCGCCAGCAAGUAGAAGAACAGCUGGAUGAGCAAGAUGCUGGCGAUGGUGAUGGCGAAGUAAACAACAAUGAACACGAGGAGCCAUGUUGUGUUCCGUUGAGUUGCACUGAAGGCGAAUCUGUGCAUACGGACGAUCCGGAUGACUGUCAAAAAGUUGUCUGCAACAAUCCGGAGUGCACACAGGGGAAAUACAUGCAUAAGAUUUGCUUUGAUAUAUGGGAGGAUGAAGUUCUAACAUAUCUGCGAUCGUCUGGUCGGGCGAGAAGCUGGUCGGAAAAGCAGCGUCGCCAGAAUUUGUGGACAAAGAAAGGCUACGACUUGGCGUGGAAAGCAUGCUCGUGCAAGUGUGGCAAGGGUCAUCUACGGAAGGACCUGGAAUGGAUACCGCCGAAGCUCCCCGAGGGUGCUGCUGCUGAGAAUGCCCAGCAACGUAGACAUCGACGCCGCAAGAAGUCCAAUGAGAAACCAACCAUUGGCCGAGCUAAUUCGAUCAGUUCAAGUUCUGGAAAUGGCAAUGGAAAUGGCAAUGGGAAUGGAAAUGGCCACGGAAAUGGACACGGUAGACUGCGACACACAUCAGCUUCGUCAACAGCAUCGACCGAAAGCAACCACACUCCACCACAAAGUCCAAGUGUUUAUCAACCAGGCAGCAAAAACCAACGUUUUCCACCACAGAUAGCAGUGGUUUCGAAUCCACCUACCAGUACCGUUUCUGCUGCCACAGCUGCAACUUCUAGCCACCCAGCAACACCUACCACAACAGCAACAUCGACUGCAAGUUCAACAGCAUCCGCUGUAACCCCAACAUCGGUGAGCCACAGCACACAGUCACAGAGCCAUGAUAAUUGGAAUAAGCGGCAACAUGGUGGAAGCAGUGGCGGAAAAAUCCAGAAUCAACCCCAUCAUUUUGUAUCUCCGAUGCCACAGCAGCAGUAUCAGGGGCCACAAUCUCAUCACGACUACCAUGGGCCACCACUGAGUAUGGCCCAUCACCAACAGGGUGGCAACAGGCAGGCCCAACCUACCAACAGAUCACCACAAUUUCAUCACGGUGGACCACCUGACUUUCGACCGCAGGGAGAGAGGUCUGGCAACAUGCAAGCUGCCCUCAACACCAACUUCUUCAGCAGCAAUGUCUACUGGAAUCCCACUACGGAUAACAUGCCUCCUCCUGGCAGCAGUUCAAAUAGCAGUGGCAGUGGCGGAACUGGUACACGAGGUUUCUUACCACGUUUGGAUCUGUCUGCCUUCUACCAGGUGUUGCCGGCACACAAGCUCAACUCGUACCACAUCAAGAUGGAAGAGGACAGUCAGCCGGAGUCCGAGGAGAUACGCUCCUUCAUAUUCGCGACUCUCAAUAUACAUGGCACCCGUGUCAUUCCAUGUUCCGUGUGUACGAGGAAGCUUCCCGUCUUUGAUCGCUAUCCUCUGAUCGAUGGCACAUUCUAUCUUACUCCGCAACGACAGGGCGAUGGUAACAAGGGUCUACAAGUUGGUCUCCAGAGCUCCCAGUACCUGAAUGCUGUCUGCAUGCAGUGCUUAGAGGGUGUUCAGCGGAUCGUCUGCCGUAUAUGCAAGUCGCGUUGGGAUGGUAGUCAUCACCAGCUGGGGACGCUCUACUCCUACGACAUCUUCGCAGCCUACCCCUGCUGCCCGGGGAGGGCGGGAUGCAAGCGGUGCGGCAAGCCAGUCAUCGACCCCACCCGCGGCACGCACUUCUUCAGCGAGUACUCAAGGAGUAUACAAUGCCCCCACUGCGGCGUUCCCGACUUCCACUUUGUGAAACCGCUGAGCAGUUACGAGGUCCACUCCAAUUCUGUACAAUCGAUCAAUGUAUGUUAACCACUUGAUCGCUUUAUAGAAGAGUACUGAUUCAGUGUACAUGUAAGCAUACUCCAGCGGAAAGCAAGGAUUUUGAAUCGCAUUAUUAUGGCAAAAUCUUAGACCGAUUUGAACUCUCUCGAGCCUGAUACGGUGUUAUAUUUUCUGACCUUUUCAUACAUAGUUUGUUUUCUUAUCUUCUCAGUUUUAAAACUUAGUAUCUUGUUUGAUAUCUAUAUUUUUUGAAAGCAUGGUAAUUGAACUUAUCGAGAUGCUUUGUUUGAAGCAUAGAUUUUGUUCCUAUACAAAGCAGUUCAUACAUACGUGUAAAGCAUUUAUCAAUAUAGAUGUUUUUGUAUUUAAUCAAGUAUAAUCAAUUUGUAAAUUGUUGAUCACAUACAUACAUGUUUACAUUGUAUUUGAUAGUGUGCUCUAUCAGUAAUGAUCAGUUGAUACAAAAGACGACUGAUGGUAAUUGUAUCAUUGAUUUUCAUGCUUUCUGCUGAGUUGCCAAGAUUUAGGAUAUGCCCAAUAUCAAAAUUGGCAGGCAUUCAGUUGGCAAAAUUAGCAAUUUCUCUGUUUGAUCAUGUGCUCUAGGUAUAUGAAAUUACUCUCAGCAUACCGGUAAUAGGUCUCCUGGGGCCUGUUGCAGAAAGAGUUGCAAUCAAACGCAACUCAAAAAAUCUGUCGCAUCUUGAUUUUCAGCCAAUGAAGCACACGCAAUGGGGACUUGUGCUUGAUAUUUUGACUUGCGUUUAAACGCAACUCUUUCUGCAGCAGGCCCCUGAAAGGAAAAAUACUUAACUUAAACAACAAUAAACAAUUGGUUUUUUAAAAGUCUCAGUAAGUUGUUCAUUUUGGGAGUACGUAAAGGUUCAUCUAUGAAUAGUGAAGCACCAAAUCAAUAAUGUUGCAAGUGUAGAAAUUAUUAGUGAAAUGCAUUUCCUGAUUGAAUUAUUUUAAAGGAAAAUUACUCCAGGGCCCCAUCUUACAAUAGUUACAAUUGAUCCGAUCUAACUCAACUGUAUGGAAAUCCAUUGAUGUCAUAAUUUCUGUCUACAAGGAAUUUGUACAGUGUCCUUUGUAAACAAAGAGAAGCACACUGAAUUUUUCAAGAAAUCAAUGAAUGUGAUAUCUAAAAACUGUUGCGAGUAAACAUGCAUUUUAGAUGUUGAUGGCUUUCCAUAGUUAUGUUUGACCAGAUCAAUUGCAACUCUAUGUAAGAUGGGGCCUACAAUAGGUCACUUCCAAUGUGGAAAGACAGAGAACAUGUUUUAUUUGUUGUUCAGACUGACAAGUGCAAGUAAUUUCUUUAAUUAUUUCCAUUUUAGUGAGUCAGACUUGAGCGGUUGGCCUCUUUUCUGUUUUGCGGACUGACACAUUGAUUACGCUUUCAACAACUUACAUGUAGUCAUUCAAUGUGAAGAGAAUUCAUUGAUUCAAGAUUAAGGCAGAGGCUUUGAUGUUUCUUUCCUUGCAAACCUAGUAAAGGGGUCUUCCAUUAAAGGGGAAUUCAGCCUUGGCCAUAAAAUGUUGUGUUGGGAAGGAGAAAAAUAAAUUAAACAGAAUAGUGAAAGUUUGAAAGAAAUCGUACAAGCAAUAAGAAAGUUAUAGCUGCUUUAAAAUUGAGGUCACUAAUACUAUGUAGAUUUCAAAUUGGCAACUAGGUAUUACAAUGUAUGACAAGGGGCAAGGACAACUUUCCCAUAGGCCAUGUAUUGUUAUCAGGGAUUUUUGGUUUUCUCCUAAGUACCCAUUCCCCUGGUGCAGUAAUCUAAAUAUAACACAGGAAGUAUAUUGUUUUAUGUCCUCAUGAAAGAAAAAUAUAAUUUGCAAUAAAACUUUUGGGAAAAAUGACAUUUUAGCCAUAAUAUGUAUUGGAGUACAUGGAAGAGUAGUCCUUGCCUUACAUCACUAUGACAUCCCAUAUGCGGCCAAUUUUAAGUCUCCAUGGGUAUAGUGAUUACCAAUAUUUACAACUUUAAAAAAUUCAUAACUUUCUUGUUGUUUGUCCAAUAUUGUUCAAACUUUCACCUAUAAACUUGUCUGAUUUUUCUUUUCCUUAUACAAACAAGUUUUUAUUUGGGUUGGAUUCCCCUUUAAGUUAGUGAAUGAACUUCACAAAUGCAUGCCAUUCAGUUUUGAAAUAUUUGUUGCUCUGCUUGGCAAGAUUUUAUGUCAUUUCUUAACAUCUGCUUGAAAUUUGAAUGUUUUUAUUUUGGAUAGAUUGGAGAUAAAUCUGUCCCAGUAACACAUACCAACUUAAUAUUUUCUAAUGGUUGAUUUACUUCUUAAGACUACUAUGUCAAUAUUUCACUGGAAAUGUCCAUAACUUUUGAUGUACUCUUCAGAAAUUAUGAGAAAUAUGAAGUUUAAAUUAAAAACAUGAAGCUUGAGUGUUGCUAAAAAGCCAAAAAGUGGCUUUUGUGUGGAAUUUGAACUCAUCUUAAUAAAUGAGGGGAUUGCAAAAUUUUGUUUUAAUAAUUUAAUGAACACAUUUGAAAUAGUCAUUUAUCUUAAUUUCCAUCAUUGGGGAGAAGCCUUGCAUUCUAUUUUCAUAGAUUAUUCAUCAAACUCAUAGAUAGAAAACUGUUAGACAAUUUGGAAAAAAAAAUGGAGAAUGUUUGUGAAGUGGACCAACAUUGGAAUGUGGGGUAUUUCCUAAAGGGGGAAAAUGUGCAUUUGAUUUUAUUUCUUGGAAAGGAGUUUGAAAGUGCUGUCAUCUUUAUCAUAUACAGCAGCUGUUUAGCACUAUAAUUUCAUUUUGUAUGAUGUAGCUUACAAGUUAUCUUGACAUGCCAAAUUAUGUUAAUUCUUGUUUCAAUGAUACAUGUGUGUAGAUUUAGCAUUUAGAAAAUUGUUUAAUUCAGCUUUUUAUUUUUAAUACAUGAUUAUCACAUGUACAUUGGUAUAUUGUCAAUUCAAGUUGAAUCCUUCCCUCAUUUUAUUGACGAGGAGUUAGAGAAGGAAAACCUCCCAUUCCAUAUUUUGUAUGAUAUUUUAUUUUCUAUUUUAAACAUAACGUUUGAAUUUGUCACUCUUUCAUAGUUUUGUAAGGGAUUAGUUUUAGAAUGAAACAAAGGAACAUGAUUCCAUUUCAACCACUGCCAUUGUGUCAGUUGACAAGUCAUUUUAUAUGCAUUUGGUACUCUCCACCCAGGGGCCUGUAACAUAUACUUCAAUCAGUUAUAGUUUAUUAUAUAACUGCAAAUCUACAUGUAUAUUAAACAGCAAAAAGUUCAAUGGUGGUAUCUAUUUAUGGUGUUAUUGUAAAUUGGUCAAAACUCUCAGUUGGGGAAAAUCUUCUGUUUUAAGAGCUGAUAUUGCUACAUGUACAUGUAGCCUAGCAGUGAUGAGUUAAGGAUGUCUUAUAUCAAUCGAUAUAUUUGAAAUUUUGAUUGAAACGUACAUGUAAAGGGUGUUCACCUAUUUUUCACAUUUAUUUUAUGUAUUUCCAUUCGAAACGGCAUUUUCAGUUCAUACAUGCAUAUUGGCGUUAUUUUCCACUUAGUGGAUUUUUUUAAUUGCAUACUUAUAGUUUCUGUGAUCUAAAUCAUUGACGAUUUGGGGGAACCUACAUGAUAUCUUAGGAACCUGGUACAGAAUAAUUAGUCUGAAACAAAUUUAUUUGUUUUGAAAUUUGAGAAGAUUAUUAUUUGGUUUAUUAAAACAUUUUAUGUACCAGCCCAAAGAUCCUUUAAUAUUAAAAGAUAAAUCAAAAGGCCUAACAUAGAGAGGCCUUCAAAUAUAAUUUGAUGUCGGGGUUGGAAUAAGGACUUGACCUUGACCCUUUUACAUAAUCAGAUUCACAACUCAAGUAGAUAUUAUGAAUGUUACAGAAAUGUGCAAAAACAAAAAAAAGAGAAGGUUAUAACAAAGGAUCGUAUAUGUUGUAGAUUUUUCAUGCAUUUAUUUUAUUUUCCAAAGGAAUAGUCUUAUAAGGCCUAUGCCUUCAGUCUUAGCCAGUACAUUAGAAUGAACUGUAGUAUGUAACUGUGUAUGUAGCAAAGAUUUGGUUAUUUGUGUUUAUUAGACUAUAGAUAGUCUACCAUACACUAUAUGCUCGGUUUGAACUUCAUUUUUGCUUUUGCAUCCAAUAUAUUUGUUUAAUAAUACUUUUACCUCAUGUUUUGUACUGUAUAUGAUGCUUUGAGAGAAUUUAUUUUUGGCUUGUACAUGUCCCAAGUGUGCGGGGAAAAUGUCCAAUUGUUAUGUUGCAUUUACUCCUAAUGUCAAUCCCCUCCCCACCCCCUUCAACCCUCCAUUUCAGUUGUUUUCAUUACCGUCAAUUGCUUUCACACCUGCUAUUACAAAAAAAGGAGAAAAUACUCGCUGCAUUUAUUUUGAAACAUUGCAAACUUUUUAGUAUAUUCCUGGAAGAAAAUUCAACUUAUUCGCUAACAUUACAAAGGUAUUAGUAAACAAAUACUGAACUUUGAUUCCUGUUGUAUUUGACAUUGUCCGUAUGGAUGAAAAAUCCAGGAAGAAAAAAAUCAAAUAUGUGCAGACACUUUCAGUCGGGGACUGAGAAAUGGUAAUAGGUGAUUUUCUCCAGAAAUGGGUAUGUAAGCAAAUUAUCUAGCCAUACAUUUGUAUGAACUUUUGAUGUCAAAAUGCAAAACAAAUGCACAUAAUUUGCUAUUGGAUUUCAAGCUGGUAUUUUCUAGUUUUUUUUUUUCAGGUUCAGGCAGGUGUGAAUGUCUCCAAAGAAAUGAAUUGGCUAUUUUAGACUGGAAAAAAAAUGUAAUUUAUGUGUAACUGCCUAAAUUAACCAUGUACAGUAUUUAGUCUACCCAUUACCAGACUCCUCCUUAUCUAUACACCCAGUAGAUGGUCUGCACACAUUGUAGACACAAUCCUUACAUGAUGUUAUUUGUGCCGCUUCUGUCACUUGUUGAUUAUACACUGCAAAAACUCCGGUGUUGAUUUAACACCAGCCCGGAAUAUGUAAUGUAUAUGACCACACCACAGAAGUAUUGAAACAACACCAGUUUGGAAUCAAACCGAUGCUGUUUUGAUACUAAUUGGUGUUGUGUAAACAACACCUAUCUGGUGUUAGACCAAAACCAAACUGGUGUUGUUUAACACUUCUCUGGUGUGGACAUAUAUUAGAUUCCGGGCUGGUGUUAAAUCAACACCAGAGUUUUUGCAGUGUAAUGUCAAUUCGGGUCUGUGUCUGCAGACUAGCAUAUACAUGUAUUCACUCAAAACAUACAUGUUCAUUAAACAAUUGAUUUUGAUUACAAAUUAGGUUGUGUCUAUACAACUACUAAGUACAUGUACAGAUAUGUUUGCUUUCAGAUAUUUACAUUCUGAUUGCCACUCAGUCGUGUACAGUAGAAUGAAUACAAUACGAUGUAUUAUGAGCAUAUUUUAAAAUCUAUCCAGGCAGUUGAGACAAGUUGUUCAAGCAGGAUUUCUGGCCAGUUGAUUAAAAGGAGUUAUUUGAAAAUAGAAAGUUAACAAGGAAUUUCAUUUGAUGGACAAACAUGUUUAUCUUGAAGGUGCAAAUGAGAAAGGCUUAUGAUUAUCUUGUUUGAUAAAGCAUGUACACUCACUCGUACAUCAAAGAAAGAAUGCAUAUAAGAAAGCAUAAAAUGCAUCUCAGUUAUGCACUGUUCAGCUAUGUCACCAAUGAUCAGGUAUCAUGCUUGUUGACAUCUUGAACUGCACUAAAGUGUAUCAAAAUACCAAAAUCUAUGGCAACACAUUGUAAUUUUGUAGUCCUAUAUUUCAAGUAGUUUGUCCUUGGCCACAUCCAUGUAGGCUUAGAAUGUAGAAAUAUACAUUGUAAGAAGACUUCCAAUGGAAGAUAACUCUCCAAGCCAACUUAAAAUUUGUCCACUAUGAGUUAUCAUUUGAUGAUGGUGUCCUCAGGGGAGGGGUGUCCUCUGGGAGGGAUAUCCUCUGGGGGGAUAUCCUUUGGGAGGGGUGUCCUCAGGGAGGGAUAUCCUAUGGCAAAGGGUGUCCUCUAGGGAGGGGUGUCCUCUGGGAGGGAUAUCCUAUUGGGAUGGGUGUCCUCUGGGGAGGGGUGUCCUCAGGGGAGGGGUGUCUUCUGGGAGGCAUGUCCUCUGGGGAGGGGUAUCCUCUUGUGUCUAGGGAGUGUUGUCCAUUGCAUGGAGCUCAUCUCAAGUGAAGAUGUGGUCCUAAGCCGGGGGGGGGGGGGGGAUAUUCCAUGUGGGAAUUAUCCUCUUACAAGGGUGUACAUGACUUUUGUAGAGGCAUGUGACAAGAGAGUAUUAUAGGAAGCUUUAGAGAGCAUGGAUGGUCUUUAAAUUGAAACAUUUUCAUCUGUUUUUGCCUCUUUGUAUUGAACUUGCAGAAACAAGCAAUAUGGUUUUAUUUGAAGUCGUAACUUUUUAUUUAAUUUUCUUCAUCUUUCAUUCCCUCUUGAGAUUCAUAACCAGGUAUAUUCCUGUGUGUAACUGUAUGUAUGGUAUGACCAUGAUGUGUAGAGAAAGAAAUGAAUGCUUUUUAAUACAUGUAUGAAGAUGAUCACUCAUUGACUUAUUGACUUGUAUGUUUUAAGUUAUAUUGUGACUAUGAAAUCGUUCGGAACAGAAAAGAAAAAUCGAUAUUGUGUAUACAUGGAGGCUAAUUGUGCUCAUUCUUCAAAUUAGAUUUUCCUUUUUUCUCUGCUUGAUCAGAGUUUUGUUAUAUGAGAAGCACAUUUUCUGAAAUGAGUUCCAAGGGUAAUUCUUUUUAAUGUGUGAAAUACUGAAAAGCUUUAAUGUUUGGAUCACUGGAGUUUAUUGAUUUAAUAUAAUUUCAGAUUAAAUUAUAUCUUUAACCGUGACUCAUACUAGAUGGCAUUUAUUGUGAUCAAGCACUGAGCAUAUCAAAUUGACUACACUAAAGGGGUAAAUUUUCUGAGUUUAUUAUGAUAAUGACAUUCAACAAACACUUUACAGCUUUUCGAGGUUUGUCUUAUUUUACCAAAAAGGGUUAAACAAGUGGGGCGAAGAUGUCACAAGCCCUCCCUUUUAUUGAAUUGUAUUUGAUGAAAUUACUAAAACAGCAUUUAAAUUUAGUCAAGGUUCUCAAAGGAUAUGGCCCUAUCACUGGGCCUUUGAUAUUUUGCACCUUUUAAAGAAAACUCGUAAAAAAAUAUGAAAACUAUAAAAAUGUACAUACCCUUCAGAAAAGUGACGUUGUUAUAAAAAUAUUGGAAACGAAAGCCUGCAAAUAUUUCAUUGUUUUAUUCCAAGAUGGUUACACUGUUUGGCUCCUCAUGAAAAAAAAAAAUACAAUGUUUGAAAUUAAAAUUCAAAAUGAAAAUGAGGCUUGUACACCCAGGCAUCACCUCAACCAUUUGCACAUGCAAUGCAAAAAUAUGUUGAUUUGAUUUUAAUGAUCAAGUUUUGAUCAGAUUUCUGUUUGUUUAAAUUUACUAAAUUCAAAUCAAUUUGCUGUUAACUCUGUGGGGUGGCCCCUUCAUGGUGCAUUUCCAUGUCCUGUGGAGAGUAUGUAGAAGUCCAUGGUCCCUUAGUUUCUUAAAAUAAUUUGCUUUCAUAUGAAUAAGCAGGUGAUGAAGAUGGAAAGAGUCAUCAAAUUUAUUUCAUAAUGAAAAGAAUGUAAGUUUUUGUUGGAAAGGUAUUAAUCUUGAAUGCCAAGAAAGGUGACAGAUAUUUUUUAUGUUUAUUUGUAUCCACGUGUUAUUGAAGAUGUUAAUAGAUAAGGAUCGGCAUUUGGCACCCCUUCCAGUGUUAUUGUACACACUUGGAAAUUUGAUUGUAUGCCUAUGCCUUAUGACUGAGUCUGUGAAAGGAGGAGAAAAGAAGUGAUAUUAUUAUUCUAUUUACAUUGUAUUUGUUCUUUGACCAUUGUUGUAGAGAAGCUUGUUUUUGUCGAAGUCAAAUAGGAUGCUCAAAUAAACUGGAGAAUUUAUAUGGUUUGAAAA